ACAUGCACAAUUCUCUCAGUGAGAGAACAGUGAACAACACGUGCAAAGGGAAACAGGCAGACAUAAUUAAAAAAAUCAUAUUUUUAUUGGAAAAAUUAAUAAAUAAUGGUACAAAACAAGAAAAAUAUGAAUAAAAAGAAGGGUGGAAAAAUGCCAUUGAAAUCGGUAGAGGAAAAGGUAAAUAAACUUAAAAAGGCUGAGAUUGCUGUGGUCGACGAUGAAACGGAAGAUGAAGAAAUGCAGACACCUGACACCGAGGGCUAUGAUUCCAUGAUUGAAAAUGGAACCAGUGACGAUGAUAGCGAAGAGCAGGAAGCAAGUGAGGACGAUGGCAGUGGUGAUGAUGGUUUCUCUGACAAAGAAGAAGAAGAAGAGGAACCUUCAAAAAAAUAUGAAAAAGCCAACAACAAACGCAAGCAGGAACAGGUAGCAGCGCAACAGCCAGAUACUAAAAAGCUUAAGAAAGCUGGCGUUGUGGGUGAAAAAGUUAAACCGCCCACCUUGGAAGAAAUUAAUAAACUGAAGGAGACACGAAAUUUAUUCCACUCAAAUUUGUUCCGUUUACAAAUCAAAGAAAUGUUGGAAGAAGUCAAGAUAAAGGAUAAAUACAACAAUUACAUCAAUGGUUUUCUGGAACAAUUUAAGACAUUUGUAAAAGGCCUUAAGGAUAUGCCGGAAAAGGAAGAUAUGAACAAAUUGUCGUUUUUGAAAAAGAGCUCCAUUCAGGUGCCACUUAAUUUGCCUGCCCUAAAGGUGGAACAACAAAAAUUGUUCCAGUUUCAGUUUUUAAAACCCAAAGUUGAACCCUUCUUUAUUGGUGCCUGUAAUACCAAAACACUUUUGGGACCUCAAUUGCAGGCUGACAUUUGUGUUGUAAUGCCGCCAGAUUGUUGGCAAAAAGAGAACUAUUUAAAUCUGCAAUAUGACCAGAAACGAGCAUUCUAUUUAACUUAUCUGACCCAAAAGUUGUUGGAGUCCAAAGUUGUGCCCGAUUUGAAAGCAGAAAAUUUGAAGUUUGUCUAUUACAAAAAUAAUCCCUUGAAGCCAUUGCUGGAAAUAACACCCCCCGAAUCGGCGGGUAAGAAAAUAAGUCAAAAAUUGGUCUUUCGAAUUUUUGUUGCUGGCGAUGAGAGCUCCUUUAAAUUGAAUCGUUUUGUACCAUGGAACAAUAAUGUACGUUCUAGCCUAUAUGGCGUUGAGGAGGAGGCGGUGCACACUGCCACGCCAAGCUAUAACUCAAAUGUUUUGUUUGAUCUCACAAUGCAAGCAAAUCAAAAAUUAUUACAAGAAACGUUUGAAAAUCGAAAGAACUUCCAAGAGGGUUUCCUGCUGCUGAAAGUUUGGCUGAGGCAAAGGCAGUUGGAUAUGGGCUAUAGUGGUUUUAAUUGCCAUAUUAUGGCCAUGUUUAUUGCCUAUUUGGUGAAACAAAAGAAAUUACACAAUAAUAUGAGCAGUUAUCAGGUGGCCCGUAAUGUUUGGAAUAAUUUGGCAUUAUCGAAUUGGAAUGAACUGAACAAGGGCAUAAGUCUUUGCACUGGAAGCGGAAGUACCCCAAACCAACCCACAAUUGAGCAGUUCCAUGCCCAUUUCAAAGUAGUUUUUGUCGACAUCUCAGGAUUCUUUAAUAUUUGCUCUAAUUUGUCGGAAGAUGUUUACAAACGCAUCCAACUGGAAGCAAAGCUGGCCGUAGACAUGCUAAAUGAUAUGAAACUAAACAGUUUUCAAUAUUUGUUUAUGAUGAAGGUGCCUCUUUACACCCAAAUGGACCACAUACUCAAAAUUAACAAAGCGGAUGCUGUGGAACAGAUAUUGGAAAUGCAUGUCUCACCAGCUGAUAAAUAUAACAAUGCGGGAUACACAUAUGCCUUGUUGUUAGAGACCAUUAGCAAACUCUUGAAAAAAGGCCUAAAUAGAAGAGUGGAUUUCUUAAUACCUCUGGAGCAAGCAGUAUUACCCUGGAACAUUAACGAAUCCCCCUCAGAGGCCUUGCAAGAACUCCACUUGGGUCUUAUUCUAAAUGCCGAAAAUGCAUAUGAAAUUCUUGAUAAAGGCCCGGAAUCCAUAGAUAAAUCUGCCGCCGAAUUUCGUGCGUUUUGGGGAGAAAAGGCACAACUGAGACGUUUCCAAGAUGGUAGCAUUACCGAAUCUGUGGUAUGGGCUAAUGCCAACGAUGAUUUGGCCAAGAAACGUCUUAUUGUACGUUCAAUUGUCCUCUAUUUGCUGCAACAUCAUUUCCAAUUGGAACAAAAAGAUGUUGAAUAUAUUGCCGGGGAAUUGGAUGCGGUUUAUUCGCUGACGAAAGGUUUCAAAAUAGACAACUUUAAAAGUAAAUACAAAAUUCAACAGGAGACCGAUGCUGAGGCCUUAUCCCUGCAUGUCAUAAGGGAAUUUGAUGAUUUGGCUCGCAAGUUAAAUGGCCUAAAAGAUUUGCCCUUGGAAAUUGUGUCGAUUGCACCCAUAUCGCCGGUGCUAAGAUAUUGUGAUCCCCGGCCGGUGUUGCCGCAAGCCAGAUGUAUACAAGAGCAAUUUUUUGCCAAUAAUGUGCAGCAUGGCAUUAUACAGCUUGGUCUCAGCGGCAAAUGGCCGGGAGAAUUGGCCGCUCUGCGUGCUUUGAAAACUGCAUUUUACAUACAAAUUGCAUCCUUGCUAAAAGAGCACCACAAGUUACUGUGCAAGGUUACCUAUGAUGGGGUGUUGGUCUUGAAACAAGGCUAUUGUUUCAAUUUGGAAAUUGCCCAUCCCAAAGAGGUGGGUUUGUUGAAGAAAGAGAAGACCGAAAAAGGCAUAACAACACAUGUAGACUGUCCCGAAAGUAUUGCCUUGGAAAAGCGCCAUUAUAUACUACCCAAGGUGGCGGGUGCCUUAAAGGCCCUACAUCAAUGUCAUCCAUCGUUUGGUCCCACAGUUAUGAUUGCCAAACGUUGGCUAUAUUCACAACUAAUCGAUGACGGUCAAUGGCCCGAGGAGUGCACCGAGCUUCUUGUGGCAUCACAAUUCCUCAAGACAUCAUCGAAGUUUAUAAGCAAUUCACCACAAAUGUCCUUUGUAAGAUUUUUGCAUUUGUUGGCCAACACAGAUUGGAAAACGGAAAUGUUUUUGAUCAAUUUCAAUAAUGCCAUGCAGGAAACUGAAAUUCCCGAUUUGGAACAAAAAUUCAGCACCGACAGAGACUCGUUUCCCCCCUUGUGUCUGGUGACGGCCUAUGAUCGUCAACAUUAUGGUAAAAUUUGGACCUCCGAACAAUUACCAAAUACACAUGUUUUGGCUCGUGUUACACUGCUGGCCCGACAAUGUUUGGAAAUCAUCGAAUCUACAUUAUUAACCAGCGCAACAUUCAUAAAACCUGUACACAUUUUUAAAGCUCCCACCGAGGGCUACGAUUUGGUGAUACAACUAAAGCCAGAAGCUGUAUCCAAUACCCUAACCUUUGAAUUGGGUUCGCCUUUUGUGGACUUUACAAAACCCAAUUGGCAUAUGCCUUUGGCCGAUAGUAAUUUCAUGAGAAAUGCUGUGCAAAAAUUGAGGGAAGCCUAUUCAGAAUUUGCUGCCUUCUUUUACAAUCCCUGUGGUGGCAAGGAAAUUGCCAUAGUUUGGAAACCCGAUGCCUUUGAGUCAAAAGAAUUUAAAGUAAAUGAAGUCAAUGGCUGUUCUUUUGUGGCAACUGGUGAUGUGAAAAGGGUUCAGGCCAAAAAGGAAAUUCUAAUAGAAGAUUUCAAAUUCAUAUUAAAAGAUUACUAUCUAAGGAUUGGUAGCGUUGAUAGUGUUCGAAAAGCAUCUUUCAGCAAAUCUACAGAAUUUUACAAUGCACUGAGAAAAGAAAAACUAAGAUAUUUUGCCGUCAAAGAGCAGGAAGAGAAAACAGCGGCCGCCAACAAAAAGAACACAACAAAAAUGCAACCGAAAAAAUCCAAAACUUCUUUAAAUUCCAUAGCAACAACCUCAAAACAAAUUAACAAAAAACAAAAGCAAAAACCUAAAAAAGCAAAGAAAAAUUAGAAAAUUCGUGUGAAUAAGUUAUUUUCCUUUAUUUCUUUUUGUUAAAGUCUUGAUGUGUUUUUUUUUUUGUAAAUAGAGAAAUGGAUUUUACAAUUACAUUUGUAUGUUCUUAAGAAAAGUACGAAGAUAUAA